GUCCCUGGCUCGGGGGCGGAGGAGUAGGCGGGGCCUGAGCGCGCCUGCGCAGUCCACUCUACCCGGCGGUGGCGGCGGCGGAGACGCGUUAGAGGAAAGAUGGAAGACUUCCAGGCUUCUGAGGAGACUGCAUUUGUUGUUGAUGAAGUGAGCAACAUUGUAAAGGAGGCUAUAGAAAGUGCCAUCGGGGGCAAUGCCUACCAGCACAGCAAAGUCAACCAGUGGACCACAAACGUCGUGGAGCAGACUUUGAGCCACCUCACCAAGCUGGGGAAACCAUUUAAAUACAUUGUGACCUGUGUGAUCAUGCAGAAGAACGGAGCUGGGUUACACACCGCCAGUUCCUGCUUCUGGGACAGCACUACGGACGGGAGCUGCACGGUGCGAUGGGAGAACAAGACCAUGUACUGUAUCGUCAGUGCCUUCGGCCUGUCCAUCUGACCUGCUCGGCAGCCUGCAGCCGCCUGUGCGUCCGCAUUUCUGUUUCACCUUAACCACCAGCUAGGAAUAGGGCGAACACCUUCCUCCUCUCUAAAGUGUGUUUUGUGGCACUCUGGAAACGUAGAGAAAUAAACCAAAUGACUCCACGGUCCUAGGGACCGCACGAUGUCAGGCAGAUGAGCAGCCACCGGUCACCUGAGGCUGGCAGUACCACUUGUCUUAACUAUCUCUUUUCAAAGGUGCUAAAAACCCAAGUCUGCUAGGAGGAAACUUUCUCUACUUUCUGAAACGAUUCAGAUACACUAAUUUUCCAUACUUUAUACUUUUGUUAGAAUAAUAAAUUAUUCAAAAUUAAA